CCGAGCCCAGAGCUCCGGGCGGUCGCAUUGUUUUCCUCCGCGGAACGGCGGCGGGAGUGUGUGAUGUGUGUGUUGCUGGGGAAGGGGGGCUGCCACUCGGACCCGGGGCUCCCGUAACCCGACAGCGCCCUGGAGCCCACCUCCCAGCCUCAUCCAGCCGGGACCUUCAUCACAUCUCGCCUCCCGCGUCCCGAUCGUCGACUGCGAACUCUGCGCGGCGCGGAGCUGCUGGCCACGGGCUGCCGUCCUGAUCCUGUCGACCGGGAUCCCGGAGCAAGUCCCCAGGGCCAGAGGUCUCCUGUCCCCCACAGGACUCACUACCCCAGGGCCAGCAUAUGGGUGAGGGGGCACCCCCUGGGGCCUGAGCUGCCCCGCACAGGAUGCCCCGUGCCCCCCACCUCAUGACCUUGCUGCUGCUGCUCCUGUCUCUUCCCCAUGCUUGGGCCGCCUUUCCCCAGGACCCCGUCCCUCUGCUGACCUCCGACCUGCAAGGUUCUUCCCCGUUGUCCUGGUUCCGGGGCCUGGAGGAAGAUGCUGUGGCUGCAGAACUUGGGCUGGACUUCCAGAGAUUCCUGACUUUGAACCGGACCUUGCUAGUGGCUGCCCGGGAUCACGUGUUUUCAUUCGAUCUUCAAGCCCAAGAAGAAGGGGAAGGGCUGGUGCCCAAUAAGUUUCUAACGUGGAGGAGCCAAGACGUGGAGAACUGUGCCGUCCGGGGAAAGCUGACGGAUGAAUGCUACAACUACAUCCGUGUUCUCGUGCCCUGGGACUCCCAGACCCUCCUUGCCUGUGGAACGAACUCCUUCAGCCCUGUGUGCCGCAGCUAUGGGAUAACUUCGCUGCAACAGGAGGGCGAGGAGCUGAGUGGGCAAGCCCGAUGCCCCUUUGAUGCCACCCAGUCCAACGUGGCCAUCUUUGCAGAGGGCAGUCUGUACUCAGCCACAGCGGCAGACUUCCAGGCCAGCGAUGCUGUCGUCUACCGAAGCCUCGGGCCCCGGCCCCCGCUCCGCUCCGCCAAGUAUGACUCCAAGUGGCUCCGAGAGCCACACUUCGUCCACGCUCUGGAACAUGGAGACCACGUGUACUUCUUCUUCCGAGAGGUCUCUGUGGAGGACGCCCGGCUGGGGAGGGUGCAGUUCUCCCGAGUGGCCCGCGUGUGUAAACGUGACAUGGGCGGCUCACCUCGGGCCUUGGACCGCCACUGGACAUCCUUCCUAAAGCUGCGGCUCAACUGCUCCGUCCCUGGAGACUCUGCCUUCUACUUUGACGUCUUACAGGCCUUGACAGGGCCUGUUCACCUGCACGGCCGCGCUGCUCUCUUUGGCGUCUUCACCACUCAGACCAACAGUAUCCCUGGCUCCGCAGUCUGCGCCUUCUACCUGGAGGAUAUUGAACGUGGGUUUGAGGGCAAGUUCAAGGAGCAGAGGAGUUUGGAUGGGGCCUGGACCCCUGUGUCUGAGGACAGAGUCCCCUCACCCAGACCAGGGUCCUGUGCAGGUGUGGGUGGAGCUGCCCAGUUCUCCUCUUCUCAAGAGCUGCCUGAUGAGGUCCUGAUCUUCAUCAAGGCGCACCCACUCCUGGAUCCCGCUGUGCCGCCCGCCACCCAUCAGCCUCUGCUCACUCUCACCAGCAGGGCUCUGCUGACCCAGGUAGCUGUGGACAGCUCCGCUGGGCCCCACAGGAACACCACCGUCUUGUUCCUUGGCUCCCAUGAUGGGACAGUGCUAAAGGUGCUGCCCCCCAGUGGGCAAUCCCGGGGACAGGAGCCUGUCAUACUGGAAGAGAUCUAUGCGUACAGCCCAUCCAGGUGCGAUGGGAAGCGGGCUGCCCGGGCGGCACGACGGAUCCUAGGGCUGGAACUGGACGCUGAGGGUCACAGGCUCUUUGUGGCCUUUCCUGGCUGUGUCAUCUACCUCCCUCUCAGCCGCUGUGCCAGGCAUGGGGCCUGUCAGAGGAGCUGCCUGGCUUCUCAGGACCCAUACUGUGGAUGGCACGGAUCCAGGGGCUGUGUGGAUAUCAGGAGAUCUGGUGGGACUGAAGAGGAUCAGGCUGGGAAGCAGGAAUCUACCGAGCAUGGCGACUGCCGGGAUGGAGCUACUGGGAGUCAGUCUGGCCCGGGGGAUUCUGCUUAUGUGCUUCUGGGUCCUGGCCCUUCCCCUGAGACCCCCAGUCCCCCCAGUGAUGCCCACCCCGAGCCCCAGUCUUCCACGCUUGGAGCUCAAACUCAGGGCGUCCGCCGGGACCUCCCCCCAGCCUCCGCCUCCCGCUCCAUCCCCGUCCCGCUCCUCCUGGCCAGUGUGGCCGCCGCCUUUGCCCUGGGCGCCUCCGUCUCCGGCCUCCUGGUGUCCUGCGCUUGUCGCCGCCGGGCUCACCGACGUCGGAGCAAGGACAUCGAGAGCCCGGGGCUCCCUCGACCUCUGUCCCUUCGCAGCCUCGCCCGGCUGCACGGCGGUGGUGGUCCUGAGCCCCCGCCUCCGCCCAAGGACGGGGACCCCACGCAGACGCCACCCCAACUCUACACCACCUUCCUGCCUCCUCCGCCAGACGCCGGACCCCCGCCCGAGCUGGCCUGUCUGCCCACCCCGGAGUCCACGCCCGAGCUGCCCGUCAAGCACCUGCGCGCCGCCGCCGCCGGGGCCCCGUGGGAAUGGAACCAGAACGGCAACAACGCCAAGGAGGGCGCGGGGCGCGCGCGGGGCUGCGGGGCGGCGGCGGGAGCGGCGCCCCGAGUGCUGGUGAGGCCGCCCCCGCCGGGCUGCCCCGGGCAGGCGGUGGAGGUCACCACCCUGGAGGAACUGCUGCGCUACCUGCACGCUCCGCAGCCGCCGCGGAAGGCCGCCGAGGCCCCGGCCGCCCCCCUGUCCUCGCCGCCGCCGCUGCCCGCGCUGUUCGCGGACUCCAGCCCGCCGCCCCCGCCGCCGCCGCCGCUCCGGCUGGACGUGCCGCCCGACCAGGGCCAGCGCGGGGCUCCCUCGGCGGCGCGGCCCGCGCUCUGCGCCCCGGCGCCCCGGCUGGGGGUCAGCGGUGCCCGCAGGCUGCCCUUCCCUUCCCACCGGGCGCCCCCGGCCCUGCUCACCCGAGUGCCGUCGGGAGGGCCCAACAGGUACUCCGGGGGUCCCGGGAAGCACCUCCUGUAUCUGAGCCGGCCCGAGGGCCACCGCGGCCGCGCGCCGAAGAGGGUGGACGUGGACAAGUCCCCGCUGUCCCCCAAGUCCCCCCUGGUCGGAGCCUCGCAUCAAGCCGUCGUCCCCAGCGGCGGUCGUUUUAACUUUUAAAAAAAAGGCGUUCGGUGGGUGACCUCGCGACAGGGGCGCCCCGGGAGGUCCACGCGUGUCCGAGGACACGGGGCGCCCUCCCCCGAUGCUGCAAGCUCGUUCCUGGACUCUGAGAGUCUUGGCAUGGAGGCGGUGGGGGGGGCACCGCCUCACCUCGGCUUUAUUUAUUGACUGCCCUCGCCCCUCCCCUGCCCUGGAGGAAGGGAGGUGACACGCCCGCCCCCUCCGUGAGCCAGCAUUUCAGGGGUAUGGGGGACCCGGCCGAGCCCCCACUCCCCGAUCCCCUUCCAGCCACGCUGCCUUAACGCGCCACCCCUCUUUCGACUGGGGCCCCCGGAGGGCCGCACGGACGGCGCGCUGUACCGAGUCCCCGGGCCUCCCCGGGACAGGGACGUGCCACCUCCUACUGUGUAGGAGUCUCCGCUCCCCAAUACAGCCGCGUCCCCCCACCCACGAGCCGAGCCGCUGCCUCGCCUUUACUCUUCGCGGUGGGCGCGGGGGCGGGGGUGGCCCGGGCUCCCGGCGUGGCUGGCGACGCCGCGGUCCCCAUCGGGGUUCAUCAGGAAAGGGUUUCUUUCCUGAAAGUGGGGUGUGGGGCGUGAGCCCGGGCCGGGGGGGAGGCGCGGCGGUCUUAAAAGCUUGUGGUUGGAGAUGGGGUACGGCCCUCGCGAGCACGGUUAUGGCUCAAGGUAAGGCACUUUCUUCCCCCACACUCCCGGGGGUGGGAGUGAAAUUGGAGAAAUAAAAUGAAAAUGUAGAGUAAUUUGAGUUUCAUAUCAGGAAGUCUUGUCCUAAAGAGAAGAGAUUGGAUCGCUGGCGGCAAAAAAAAAAAAAAAUAAUAAUAAAUGAGCCCAUGGUGGCGCACGCCUUUAAUCCGCAGCACUCGGGAGGCGGAGGUAGGAGGAUCUCCUUGAGUUCAAGGCUACCCUGAGACUACAGUGACUUCCACAUCAGCCUGGGCUUGAGUGAGACCCUACCUCGAAAAACCAAAAAUGAAAAAAAAAAAAAAAGGGAUUCAUGACUGUUGGAGUCAAGGUUGCCCCGCAGUCAGGUCCCUAAGGCGCAGUUCCGCUUGGGAUGGCGCUCGGGGGCGCGGAGACCGGGGUUCUCGUCACACGGACGCGCAGCUUCCCCGCCGGGAGCUCCCGGUUGCUUGCACUACCGUUCGACGCGAUGUGCCAGUUAAGAUGCUCCACGGAGCUGGCUGCAGAGAACGGGCUCAUCCCGGGCACCGGCCAAUGGGAGAGGCGAAAGCGGAUUCGCGAGUCUGGGGUUUUCGCGGGCGCCAGGGGCGCCCCCUGGAGGUCACACUAGGCCCUGCAGCGAAAGAAGUCGCUAGAUCCUCGCUUUGGCUCCUUAAAAAAGUCUGGUCGCCCUCUAGCCUAGGCUGACCUCAAACUCUGCGCCAACCUCCUACCUCUCUCUGCCUCCCAAGUGCUGGGAUUCAAGGGUAAAACUGCCGAGAACAAACCUGAGAUUAUUUCUACCUCGGGGUUGUUCUUUCGUCCAAAGCCUGUUUUUAUCAUCUGAAAUAAUAGGGUUGAGGCUCAAGCACUAUAAUGUUAAAAGCCUUUGUCAAAGCGUGUGAUAGUGGUUCUUCCAAACGCACGUUUAUGCUAUGUAUACACAGUUUCUCGACCUCCUUUUCCUACCCAAUGACUGUCCCUUUGUAUUAGGUUUGACUUGCAGAUUUACCCCGUGAGAUUUAUAAACUUCCUUGAAAGUUCCUUAA